CCUCUUUUUGGUAGAACAUAUGCAGAUGAAAUGAGUGCUCAAGAGGGACCAACCGAUCGAGGCGACCUUUAGUACGACCCGUGCGAAGAGUUAGAAGCGGAACUGGUUGGGGAAAGAACGCGUCAGCGCGUCCGAGGGACAGUGCCCCCAGCUAAUUGGUGACCGCUAUCGGGCGAGCGCUAAUUGGACGCGAACUUUACCGCCAACUAGGACGCCAACUUGACCGCUAGCUCGACCGCCAGCUCUACCACCAGCUCUACCGCUGGACGGCAAAAUGAUCGACACGUUCAUCUACUGGAAUUUUCGGGGGAGCAAAGGGAACGCGAACGUUUUGAGGAUCUCCCUCCCGUGCAGCUACAACACGAUAAAGAAGAAGAUCCUGGAGGUGACCAACUUGAACCUACAGAACAGCCUGGACAUCCUCCUCUACCACAACAACAGAGUGUUGAGCGAAUACGAAAGCAUACAAAAUGAAAUGCUCGUAGAAAUUCAGCGGAGCAACAUAGACGUGGUUAAGGAGUUGCUUCUUAAAAGCAAUCAUGCCUAUUUGGAGAGGAACAAAAGUGUGCAGGACAACAGGAGGGGGGCUCCUCCCCUCUCCGGUGGGAGACAAAGUGGUGAAGGGCACGAUAGGGUAAGCGGCUCUACUACAGUUGGGAGUGCAUACGAUGGUGGCCACCACCGAGGCGUAGGAACUCACGAGGGCAAGCCAAAUAGCCUCGAGCUAAACAGAGCGCCCAAAAUGAGCCGAACCGCCAACUACCCAUACAGCGGUAAGCAGCCAUGGAAUGUGUACAACAGAAAUGCCGCCAGCAUGAAAGAGAGUAAUGAGGAUGAUGAAGAUAUGAAGAUUCAAGAGGUGAUGGAAAAAAAUAACCCCUACUACCAACGAUCAGACUUUGCCAAAUCUAGAAUGUUAAAUUAUUAUAAAAGGGAUAGAAAUGGCGUUUCCCAGUUUUAUGGGAACAAUAAGUAUAAGAAGGUAGCCUCCCCGUCUUCCUCGUCUGGGGCUACGUCUGCCUAUGGUACUUCUCCCAUUUCGAAGAGUUUAAAUACGUACAAUUCAGCGUCGUCCACGCCCAGAGGAGGAGAGCAGCAUUUCCAAAACGGAGGGGCAGCAGGGGCGUAUGGCAAGUACUACAAAAUGAGGGGUGCCUCACAGACUGGUGGCUACCCCAGUGCAAUGACUCAUGGCAGUUACGCCAACUCGAGAAGCCAACAGAAGGUGAAAGAUGGCCAUAACCAUGUGAGCAGCCAAGACACAAGCACGAAGUAUGUCUCGCCUGACUACAUCUGUCACAUGUGCGGGAAAAAGGGACACAGCAUUAAGAACUGCACCAUGAGCUCUUUUAAUAAUAACAAGAAGAUUAAGGUACCCACAGGGAUCCCAACGAAUUUCCUCACCAAAAUUAAAGCAGAGGAUAUUAAUAAGUAUGACCAGAUUUAUAUUCUGAAGGAUGGAAGCUAUGGAGUUUUGAAAGACGUUGAAGAUGUCAGUGGAAGUGCCUACCUAUAUCGCAGUGUAGAUGAUAAGAUUAAUAUUUACCUAGGUGUGAAUAACGAUAGUAGGAAUGCAGAUGUGGAUGGUGACCGGGGUGGAGAUGGAAGGGGCAACCCAAGUGGAGCUAACCCUAGUGCUGCUAACCCUAGUGGGAACGUUAGCAGUAUGUAUCACACCGGGAAUAAUGGCAGUGGUUACCCUAAUGAGGAGGGAGACAAAAUCUCCAAUUUGUACAAAUGCCUGUUGUGCAAAAAAUUGUACUCCUCCCCAACAACUCUACCCUGCUGUGGGGAGACCUAUUGCAAAGGCUGCCUGUACAGGUAUAACAGAAAAAGGAAAAAUGAUUAUUCCUCCUCCCAGUUAGCCUCAUCGGGGUACCAACACAACGGUGAUGGAAGAUCCCAAAUGAUGAAGUGCCCCAACUGUCAGAAGCUCAUCAAUUCAGAUGCUUUAAUUAUUAACACGAAUAUUAAAAAUGUAAUUGAUACGAUUAUUAGAAAUCAAAAGGUUGGCAAUGCGAAUAAGGACGAGGAAGAGGCCGGAGGGGGGAAGUGGAGGAGGGGAGAGGACGACAGCCAUGUGUACGGCCCAACUAAUGGUACUGCAUCGGGAUUAGACAAACAGAACAAAUGGGCAGCCAUCACACCAAAUGGGGGAGUAACACUACCCGUCAGUGCGACCACCUCGAAUGGGGCAGCCACCACCACGUCAACCAUAGGCAUGUCUCCCAUUUCAAGCGAUAAAAAUAAAGGCUCUACUAACAAAGCAACCAACGUAGUAACCAACAACAGUGAGUCCUCAUCGUCCAUUGCUGCCCUCAAUGGAAAAUUAUACCAAAGGCAACCACUCCCCAAUGGGAGCUUCCCACUAGGUAGCGACCCUCCCAGCAGUAACAGCAGAACAACGGAGGAGCAAAAUUCAGUUAACAGUAGCAGCGUCUGCAACGAGAAUGAAGAUGAAUUUCAAGACAACGGUUUUAACCCUCUAAUAAAUUUACCGAUCAACCUGCUGGAGAUGAAGCGCCAACACGAUUUUGCCGCAACGUAUAUAGCCAAAUAUAGAAUGAGGCGGAAACUAAAGCGGAAAAGACCUAUCGACCUCGGAAUGCUCCUCACGAGUAAGCGGCGGGUGUGCUAG